CCCGGGAAUUGCUCCCACCUACGAAGUGACUUCCCGGUGUGCUUGUGACGUUGGCUGUAGAGCUGGAUCGCGUAGCAGCUGUCCUGCCUUGGCUCCCGGAAGUGGGGGGCGGGUUGGUGCAGGGUCGUCAUGUUGUCGCAGGACAGUAAUGAUGACACUGAAGAUGUCUCACUGUUUGAUGCAGAAGAGGAGACAACCAGUAGACCAAGAAAAUCCAAAAUCAGACACCCGGUGGCUUCCUUCUUCCACUUGUUCUUCCGGGUCAGUGCGGUUGUGGUCUAUCUCCUCUGCGAGCUGCUCAGCAGCAGCUUUAUCGCCUGCAUGGUGACAAUUAUCUUGCUGCUGUCCUGCGACUUUUGGGCAGUGAAGAAUGUCACGGGUAGACUAAUGGUCGGCCUACGUUGGUGGAAUCACAUCGAUGAGGAUGGAAAGAGCCACUGGGUGUUUGAGUCCAGAAAGUCAACUCCUCAAGACAACAAAACCAUUUCUGAGGCCGAGUCAAGAAUCUUCUGGUUGGGACUCAUCGCCUGUCCAGUCCUGUGGGUGAUCUUUGCCUUUAGUGCCCUCUUUUCCUUCAGAGUGAAGUGGCUGGCUGUGGUGAUCAUGGGUGUGGUGCUGCAGGGUGCCAACUUAUAUGGUUAUAUCCGGUGUAAAGUGGGCAGCAAGAAGAACUUAACCAGCAUGGCUACGUCGUAUCUUGGAAAGCAGUUUCUAAGACAAAACACUGGAGAUGGUCAGACUUCAUGAGUAGAGCCGAAGACUGCCUCAUACAGAUGAAGACUGUGUCUUGGAUUCUGGGCGACGGACAAGAGUCUUGGUGUUUAGAGCUCAGGCUGUUGCAGAGUGGGGAGUGUGCUUGUUACUUAAAGCUUACUUAAAGGAAGGAAACCACGUGGGGCUAGAAAGUAUGUGUUUUCUGGAAACAGUGUCAGAGUGUGUGUUGGGUGUAUGUCUGUAUAGACAGUCCUGUAACAGCAACAAGUCCCAAAUGCGUGUGUCCUUUGCACGUGUGAAUGGCCCUGUGCAUUUUGAUCCAUAGAACGUAGGAAAGGUGUUCAGUCUGUCUCACACGUCUGUGUUUGCAUAGCAUUCUGUACAUUGCCUUUUGAGGUAAGUUUUGAUUCAGUGGUAAGGGUGAACAUGCUGGUUUAUGUAUGAAUUAGAAAUAGUUAUUAAUUUUAACUUGUUCUUUAUGGUAAAGUUACUUCUCUUAGACUUGUAUAAGCAAGUAAAAGCUAAAUUUGGGCACUAAUGUUAACUGAUUUCUAAAAUUUUUUUAGUUGGUAAUAAGUCAUUCGCUCAAGGUCUUUUGUAGCUGUGGUGGAUAUACAGGGGCUGCUGUUGCUGUGUUUUGUGGCCAUAGAUCACUCUGGAACUGUCUGAAAUCUCUUAGUGGUCUUUGCAUUAAGUUAAUGAAAUAUUACCUGUUAAUAAGGAUAUUAUUCUUAUGUAAUAAUGAGAGUAAUUGCUUAAGUACUUGGCAUAAAUAAAUGCCUAUAAAACAUUGUAUGAAUUUAUUUUUUCUUUUAUAAUGAGGAUAUUGUAAAUUACAUGUUUGUAUUAAGGUUAUUUCCUAAGACAAAGCAAUAUACUAUAGACUAAACCAAAUGUAAAUUAUUGUAGGCAGCUGAAUUCUUUUUGUAGCUACUGAAAAUUUUGUUGGAAUCUUUAGAUUAUGUUGUGAAUACAUUUGUCCAUUGUUGGCACAUUUCAAAUGUCUUGCUUAUUGAAUAAGGGUCUUUAUUAGAGUGUAGCUUGGCAGGUGUGUAACUUUAUAUUUAUAUAAAACUGCAGUUUACAGGGCA